UCUUGACCGAAACCCUAAUUCCAACCGAAAUCACUGCUAUAAAAACUCGUCUCUCUGAUCGGAACCCUACUUCGUCUCUUUGGCCUAUUCUGCAAUUGGUUGUGUCCUGUGCUUUGGCGAACGCAGCGAUGGUGAACGUUCCAAAGACAAAGAAGACAUACUGCAAGUCCAAGGAAUGUCGGAAGCACACCUUGCAUAAGGUAACACAAUACAAGAAGGGAAAGGAUAGUUUGGCUGCACAAGGUAAGCGCCGUUAUGAUAGAAAACAGUCUGGUUAUGGUGGUCAGACAAAGCCUGUUUUCCACAAGAAGGCCAAAACAACAAAGAAAAUCGUGUUGAGGCUGCAAUGCCAGGGUUGCAAACAUGUGUCCCAGCACCCAAUCAAGAGGUGCAAGCACUUUGAGAUUGGUGGGGACAAGAAGGGGAAGGGGACUUCUCUUUUCUAAAUGGCUGUUCCUGGCGAACUGUUGCACUUGCAGUCUUGUUGCAGUGCUAAGUUACUUGAAAUUUCAGCUGAACUUCGUGUAGGCUAGUUUCGUGCUAUUUUGAUGUGGAAUUUCAGAAUUUAAUAUUAAUGGGGGUAUCAAUCAGUUGCUGUUACAAACAUUUAAGAUGGUUGAUUGUUGGAUGUUUCUUUGCAAAAUAGCAAGUUUUGUUUGUUCUACAA